CUGUGCAUAAUGCCUGUGAAACAAAUGGACGUCGACAUGCCGUUCAAAUACGGAUACGUUCGGUUCGUUUGCAUAGCAAGUACCUGCGGCAAGCAUGAACAAAUCGCCAUUCCACACGGGGACGUCUUGAUCAUCGCCGGAGACUUCACGACAUACGGCGAUCCAAAGGAUAUGGUCGCAUUCAACAAAUUUCUGGAGUCGAACGACGAUACAACUCGGUCUGGCUGGGAUCGCGCAAAAUCUUCUUGUAAGGCGCACAGUGCGUGGAAUAAAGUGUACUACGCUGAAAAUUACCCUCGUAGUUACAAAUUUGCUCAUUUAAAGUUUUCGCCCUUUCCAGGAUCGCUGCCGCACCAGUUCAAACUACUGAUCAGUGGCUCGAACGAAAUCCCCCUGGACCCUAGCUGGCGAUUUCCGAGAAGUAACCACCUUGCAUCAACGUAUUAUUGUGAUCUGCUAAAACCAGUGGCACUUUCAGCUGGGAACUACCGUCAGAUGGUGAAACGCAAAUGUAACCUGCGCGAUGACUCGCUGAAGUAUUCACUGGAAGGCAGCUUGCAGGAGAUGAAGAUUAACGACGCCCGAGAGCUGCUGACAAAUGCUAUUUACAUGGAAGACAGCGAAGUGUGCGUCAGCGGCAUCCGUGUAUACGGCACCCCGUGGCAGCCUUACUAUGAUGACUGGGCGUUCAGCGCUGGCCGCAGGCAGCAACUGAAGGACAAGUACAACAAGAUACCUAAAGGAAUUGAUGUCCUACUGACAUACGCUCCGCCGCUGGGCUUCGGCGACAAAACUUCCGCAGGAGUUCACAUCGGCAGCGUAGAACUGCUGAACGUUACUCACAGCAACGUCCAUCCGAAGUACCACGUUUUUGGCUACCCCUGUGAGGGCCACGGCUGUUUCACCAACGGUAGUACAAAAUUUAUUAACGCGUGCUGUUGCGACGCCAGUCUGAAUCCGAAAAACGUGCCUAUCGUUUUUGAUAUUAAGAUUCCUGAAUAG